AUGGAAAAAGCAUUUAAAGAAGUUCUUGAACCAAAAAUCAGAGCAAAGAAUGUACAUCUGAAAACAUGCACCUUUACCAAGAUCCACUUUGGCGAGAAGUGCCCUAGAAUCAACGGAAUAAAAGCCUACACCAAAGAAAUCGACAGAAGACAGAUUACCCUAGACCUGCAGAUAUGUUACAUAGGGGACUGUGAGAUUCACAUGGACAUAUCGAAAUUCAAUCUUGGAGUGAAAGGCGUACAGUUGUACGGGACUCUGCGGGUGAUACUGGAACCUCUUCUAACCGAUGCGCCUUUUGUUGGAGCGGUGACCUUGUUUUUUAUGCAGAAGCCGCACUUGGAAAUCAACUGGGCAGGCAUGAGCAACCUCCUGGAUGUCCCGGGGAUUAAUGUAGUGUCAGACUCGCUAAUCCAAGACUUCAUUGCUGCGCGGCUGGUUCUACCGAAUAGGAUCACAGUGCCUCUGAAGAAGAACAUCAGCAUUGCCCACUUGAGGUUCCCUGUCCCGCACGGAGUAAUAAGGGUUCAUCUGCUAGAAGCUGAAAACCUUGUCCAGAAAGAUAGUUUCCUCGGUGCAAUCAGGGGGAAGUCUGACCCGUAUGCUCUGCUUCGCGUUGGCACGGUGCAGUAUCGAAGCAAGACAGUUUCCCGAGAUCUUAAUCCCGUUUGGAACGAGACAUUUGAGUUUGUUGUUCAUGAAGUGCCUGGUCAGGACUUAGAAGUGGACUUGUACGAUGAAGACCCAGAUAAAGAUGACUUUAUGGGCAGCUUGCUUAUAAGCCUAGUGGAUGUAAUGAAUGACAGGAUUGUUGAUGAGUGGUUUCCCUUAAGUAAGACAACAAGCGGACACUUGCAUUUGAAACUGGAGUGGCUUUCACUGGUAAAUGACCAAGAAAAGCUACAUGAGGAUAAGAAGGGUCUGUCUGCGGCGAUUCUGAUAGUCUACUUGGACAGCGCCUUCAACCUUCCAAAAAACCACUUUGAGUAUUCGAAUGGUGAAUGCGGAGCAAAGAAGAUCAAAAAUAACAAGUACCUCAAGAAGACAGAACGAGAACCUUCCUCCUUCGUCCUGCUCACGUUAGGAAACAAGACUCAGAAAAGCAAGACCUGCAAUUUCAGCAAAGAUCCCACAUGGGGCCAGGCUUUCACCUUCUUUGUCCACAGCGCUCAUUCCCAGUCGCUCCAUGUUGAGAUAAAAGACAAGGAUCGGGAUAACGUACUGGGAACUUCAGUGCUAUGUCUCUCCCACUUACUUAAGGACCCAAACAUGACUCUGGAUCAGAGAUUUCAGCUGGAUCAUUCCAGUUCAGACAGCUUCAUUAAGAUGAAACUUGUGUUGCGGGCCUUGAAUGUUGAAGAACCCGAUCCACAAAGAGUCAAGGCUGGUGUCAGUGCCUCGAAGCAAGGUCCUGUGCGUGUCACGGAGAAGAGUGGAAACCAGCAGAAGUUUGUCUCCCCACCAAAACCAGAAGUCUCAAAAGUACCUCCUAUGAGCAAAGACUCUGCAGCACUUGAAUCCCUGCCAAAAAAGGACAGCAGAGAGGACCUGGACACAAAUGACAGUUCAGCAGCGCCGGUACCAAGUGAAACUGUUGCUGGCCUUAAUGAGGCAGAGCGUGAGCAAAACCCAGAGCGUCGCCCGUCGUCAGCACUGCAGACCAGAGCAGCCGUAGUGCCCACGCUGCCAGUCGUACAGGAACUGAGGCUUGCGCCCAGUGUUACUUCGCUGGGUUCUCUGCCUUCUUCUUGCUUUGAAUUAAGUAGCAGCAAUCUGGACCUUCAUAACGGGACUGGGAUGCCUCUGGGAGAGAUUCAGCUCACAGUGCGGUACGCUUCGGUACGGCAGAGUCUCGUCGUGCUGGUGAACGGCUGCAGAAACUUAGUGCCCUCUUCCAAUCGUGGAGUAGAUCCGUAUGUUCGUAUAUACCUGCUUCCAGAUAGAAGAUGGGCAAGCCGGAAGAAGACUUCCGUUAAGAAAAAAACUCUGAACCCCCAAUACGAUGAGAAGUUCGAAUUUUUUGAAUCUUUGGAAGACGUCAAGAAAAGGACGCUGGACAUCGCAGUGAAGAACAGCAGGCCCUUCAUUUCGCAGGAGAGGAAGGAGCUGGGGAGGGUGCAGAUUGACUUGUCGCAGGAGGAUUUGAUAAAGGGUUUUGCGCAGUGGUAUGAGCUGACCAGGACCAGACGGAAGAAAAUUUGA